AAUGUCGAAUUUAAAGUUAAAUUGUGUUUUCAUUUUACUUUGUUUUGCCGUUGGAUGUAAUGACUUCUGUUGUGCGAAAAAAAUACAAUGUGGAAAAAAUAUUGAAUGCAAGUGUGAAAAAGCAGAAGCAAUCUGCUGCUAUUUGCAUUACAUCCCGAAGCUGCCACUAAACUGUAGCAUUACUAAAUUAAUAUUGAAAAAUAACAUUCUUACGGUGAUCAAUCAGAGUAGUUUUAGGAAUGUUUCUUCAGUCAACCUCAAGACAUUAUGGUUUGAGAAUAACUCAAUUGAGAUAAUUCAAGAUGAUGUGUUUGAUGAUUUUGAAUAUAUUGCCGAGCUAAGAAUAACAACUGAGAAGCUAUUAAACAUAACAUCGUUGAAAUUUUCGUUCCAGAGUUUGACUAUUAGGACCAUUCAAAGGUUGUAUUUAGAGAAAAACGAUUGGUAUGGACUUCCGGAUGACAUGUUUUAUCAUUUGGUAGGAGCUAAUAUCGCUCUGUCACUUAGAAAAAAUUUAUUACACAAACUAAAUUCAAGUAUAUUUCUACCAAUAGCAAACCUAAAGAAAUUACAUGUUGAGGAAAACGAAAUUGUGAAUGUAGAUUUAAACGGUCUUAUGACAACUGGGUUUCUGGAUUUAUCAAAUAAUAAUAUUUAUGCAAUACCUAAUUUUUGUAAUAACAGCGAUGAAACGUUUGUUCCGAAACUGAAAAAGUUGUCACUUGCAUACAAUGCUAUAAGGAAAAUUUCCAAAGAAUCUUUUAAAUGCCUGGAUAAUUUAGAGUCUUUAAAUUUGGAUGGGAAUCGUUUUCGAAGCCUGGAUAAUAAUGUCCUCGCAUUACUACAUAGCUUGACGAAACUUAUCAUAGGGGAUAAUCAGCAGUUGAAAGACAUUGCUCCGUUCGCAUUUAACAGUUCGUCAUUACAGAAGCUUCAUUUGUACCGGAAUAAUUUUCGAUUUAGUGAGAAAAAAAUUAAGGAAAAACGAUUCAAUCCACAAACAAUUUUUCAAACUAUACCAAAUUUAACAGAGUUGGAUUUAUCUCACAACCAUUUAAAUAACUUUUCAAUAUUACGAGAACUAUUUGCGUCUACACAGAAUAUCCAAAAACUUACUUUAGUUUCGUCAGAUAUAACGACGAUUCCAGAUGAAUUGUUCCGAAAUAUGUCUCACAUCAAAUCGUUGAAUUUAGAAGGAAAUGAAAUAGAACGGUGGAGCGAAUCACUCUUCGAUAAUUUGCCGUCCAUGCGUGAAUUGUAUCUUGAUGGAAACAAUAUUCACGUUAUUAACGAAACGUCGUUUCCAUCAAAUUUAUUAAAAUCUUUAGAAGUACUAGAAUUGUCCGGGAAUCAAUAUCGAUGUACGUGUGAAAUAAAAUGGUUUUUGGACAGAAUUCGAUCAACGAAUUUUUCAACAAAAAUGCAGAAGAAUUGGCCGAGUCGUUAUACUUGCUACUAUCCGGAACAUCUACGAUUAACCCGUCUUGCAGAUUACUUUCCAACGAUUGCAGAGUGUAAUUCAUUAAACAUUGUCUAUUUGAUAAUAAUAACUGCAUGUUCGUCUGUUUUGAUUUUGCUUUUCUUUGUCAUAAUGACGUUCCAAUGUCAGAUAAAUUUUAAGAAUGCGCUGUACUUAUUUCGUUUAAAGCAACGUAUGAAACGUGGGUACUUUAGUCUUGAAUCGUCAGAUGAUUACGAGUUUGACGCGUUCGUUGUUUAUUGCGAUGCCGAUCGCCUAUGGGUCCAUGGCGUUCUGUUAAAACAUCUAGAAAAUUCUAACCUUAAUAUUUGUGUACAUCAUAGGGAUUUUGAUGUCGGAGAGCCAAUCCUUAACAAUAUUGGAAAAUAUAUGGCGAAAAGUUGGAAGAUCAUAGUUGUUUUGUCUAAUAAUUUUGCUAAAAGUGAAUGGUGUCAAUGGGAGAUUGACAUUGUACAAGAGCGGAGGCGCCGACAGGGAAAAGAGGUUUUGGUAUUAGUUAUGUACCAACAGAUUGAUUCGAAACACAUGAUUACUCCACUAAAGACAUUACUCGACACAACGCCUUAUUUAUCAUAUAAGGAAGGGUUUGGGGAGUAUUUAUUCUGGACUGCUGUAGUUAAAGACAUUAACAAACCUUUGAAUAUGCCUCCAACAUCUAUUUUCUAAAUAAUACAAACGAUGUUAUAGGUUUCUGUUAUUUUUUUCUAUCAUUGCAGCCCAGCAAUGCUGCAUUUUUGCAUAUAAUAUACUUUGAUGAAUAGAAAAUUAUCUCCCUGAGACCAAAGAACGAGUAUGUAAUAAACUAAAGGGCAUUGUGCGGCCAUAUUUAAAUCUCUGUCAGUGUACCUACAAUGGAUAUAGUGAAAGACCGCAUAGACAAUCUGAGAAAAACAUGACAUUGUGCAAAGACAUAAUCAUGAUAAUGCAGUACCAUAUAGGUACAAACAACUAUUUCUUUUAUGUUAUGUAUAACGCAAUCUAUUUGAAAAAGAGAAUUUCUAUUUUAUUCUCUUUUUUCAAUGUUUUCUAUUUGUGUGAACAAAGUAUUCCAACAAACAUUUAACUGGCAUGAUUGUAACAAAUAUAUUUGAUGAUGGUAUCCAAUAACACUACACAACAAAACUUGGAGAACAAUCUCAAGAAAUAAACACGUAUUACUUUACAUAUACAAGAAACGCAGAAAUUAUUUGUUAACAAGUAUUGGGGAAAUUUCCCCAUAAAGUUGAUAACCAAUCAGAUAUCAAUAAUUUGGGAAAUUUCCCCAAAAAGAUGAUGACCAACAACAAAUCAAUAGAAUGGGGAAGUUUCCCUAAAACGAUGUUUACGAAAAAGAAAUCAAUAGAAUGAUAAAAUCUCCCCAAAACGAUGAAAACUAAAAAGAAAUCAAUAGAAUGGUAAAAUUUCCCCAAAAAAGACGAUAACCAACAAGAAGUCAAUAGAAUGGGGAAAUCUCCCCAAAAAGAUGAUAACCAACAAGAAAUC